CUUGUCACUAGUGUUUCACAAUCAUGUGGCCUAUCCCUGAUUCGGCUAGUGUCCCGCGUACACCCUCACAAAGAAACUUCCACUAUAUUACAUCACUCAUUCACUAACUUUUCUCAUUCUUCAAUUAUCAUCUUCAUCAUCAUUAUCAUUGAACAUCACUAUCUCAUUCAAGAUUCCUACUCCUUCUUCUGUUCAACUCUUUUCAUCUGUUCAUCUAUCACAUCAUAUGUGUUCCUGACAAUGACCCCCUGUUCUCACAACAAGUGUCAUUGUAGUACUCAUACCAGGCAGUUUGUUAGCAAAUCUUCAUAUGUUGACAGAUCUGUGUCUGCUGAUGAUAGUGAACCCAGUGUUGAAUCAUUGAUUAAGAACUUGAAGAAUGUGAUAAUGAAGGAAUUGUCUGUGUCAUGUGUGACUGAGUCUUCAGUGUCCUUCUCUGUCUCUUCUGCUGCUUCUUUUCCUGCUGCUCCCUCUCAAUCUUCUACACUUGUCCCUGUGUCUGGUUCCCCUGCUCCUGCUACUUCUGUUCCCGCGACCUCUACUUCUGCUACUCCUGGUUUUAUUGUCUCUGCCUUUCUUAUCAGCUCUCCCUGUUUCAAGGAGAUGUUGUGUAGGCUCAGUGAACCAUGUUUCUCAAGAAUCAUCUCUCUCUUCAACAGUGUUAAAAUUAUAAAUAUCUGUGUUUUUGAGAAUGAGAAUGCGGAUGUUGUACUCUUUUACAUCUGUGAGUGUGAGACUCAUACAUCUUAUCUGAGAU